AUGGCCGUCGCGCAGGGGUGCCGAUCCGUCUUGACUGCGUCGACCACGAGCUCGCUGGCGCUCAUCAUGUCGGUUCCCUUCGGGGCGUCGUUGUUAGAGAUGGGGGCGCUGGGCACUGGGAGGGCUGCUCACUCUCCAGGGGAUGUUGGCAAGGCCCAACUCCUGGCAAUUUUGGCAAUUGUCGUAGUUCUCCUGGCACUAAUCUUGCGCAAGAUUUCUGAGGAGAUGAUAAGUCACGAGAAGCUAACAUUGAGCCAUGAGGCACUGCUGAAGCAGGUCAAGGGACUCCAAGAGGAGUACAACCGCAUGAGCAAUGAAGCCAAGGAGAGUGGAGCACUCAGUAGGGCAGAGAAAGAAACGUUGCUGGGGCGUGUCUCUGCAGCUGAGGAAGCAAAGAGAUCCGCAGAGACAAGGGUCGAAGCCAUGAUAAGUCAAGCAAAGGGCAUGGACAAAGAAUACGACCGGCUGUUGGAUGAGAACAACAAACUGAAGAGGCAGCUGCCACAAUUUCAGUCUUCGCACCUAGGCUAUGGCAGCAAGAAGGACAUGUGA